AUGGACUCGAAAGCGAGCAAAAAGAAAGUCUCCGAGUCAGAGGAUUUUACCAAACACGCUGCAUAUCUAUUGAAACUCGACUAUCCCAACUCGCGAUUCAACAAGUGCGACGCACGUGACGGUCCACAGCUUGUUAACGUGAGCAGAGAACGGUACGAACUACUUUCGAGUCGCAUCCACCAAACGUUUGCAAAUUGCAACAUCAGUGAGAUACGCCAAGUCUACGCCCCGCAUAUGUACGCCAUUUAUAAGCUGCGCUAUGAAGAAAUGAAAUUGAUUGUUCACCAAAGUAAAGUCAAAAAAAAAAAUUUGUACCACGUGACAACAGAGGACAGAGCCCUGGAGUCACUGGAGAGUGGACUCGAUUGGAGGCGCACUCGGCGUGCCAAGUUCGGGUGCGGCGUGUCGUUCAGUGACGACGCUGAUUACGCUAAUUUCUACUCUGAUAACUCGGCCGGAGGAAGACGAGUGAUUAUGAUAUGCUCCGUGCUGGUGAGAAAAACGUACGACAUUCCCGAAGGGGACAACGGGGACAGUCUGAUCGUACCACCCGGCUGUGCAGACACGACUGUUAGUCACAACGGCCGCGUAUACGUAAAGUACAACGAUAAUGAUUUUUAUCCAAAGUACUUUGUGUACUACACUCGAACAUCAGAAAACAUGACCGAGAGCAAAUAUUUCCGUGGCAACACCCGCCGGGCGAGGUCGAUGGGAUUGGUUGGAUCGAUGAGAGCUAUGAAUCUUUAUUGA